CAAAUUCGCAUCCACUUAGGUUAUUUUCCAGGAGCGCAUCGGUUUGUAAAUAAAAAUACACCUCCCACCCCCUCCCAUACUGACUGUGACUGGCUCCUCCCAUACCGGUUAAAUGCGCGUUCGGCGCUUCAAUUCAGUACAGUGGAAGGCAGUCAAGAUAGAGGAGCUGUAGAGUUUACAAACUUUAAAGCAGAAAGUAUUUCCAAGUCUUGUAAUCUGUUUAUUCCCGGAGCCACAGUUAUGAAGACCAUACUUGCUGCCUACUCCGGUGCUCUAAAAGGCACAGGCUAUAGCAUCCUCUUGUCCCUGCAGGACCUGCCCUCCCCUCCAUGGCCUGCCCUUCGAUCCAAGAUGGAGAAACAUCUUCAGGUCAUCGCAGUUCUUCAGUGGGUCAUCUCCUUCCUCGCCAUGGGCAUCAGCUGUACUGUGCUGUUAAUCUACAUGUUCUGCACAGACCUCUGGGUAAUCGCUGCCAUGUACACUACCUGGCUAAUCUUCGACUGGAACACCCCCAAACAAGGUGGCAGGAGGUCCUCUUGGGUGAGGAACUGGACUGUGUGGACUUACUUCAGAGAUUACUUUCCCAUCAGGCUCAUCAAGACACACAACCUGCUGCCCAGCCGAAACUACAUCUUUGGGUACCACCCCCAUGGGAUCUUCUCUUUUGGAGCCUUCUGCAACUUUGGGACUGAGGCCACUGGAUUCUCCAAGAAGUUCCCGGGCAUCAAGCCUUCUCUUGCCACCCUGGCUGGAAACUUCCGGAUGCCAAUCCUUAGAGACUAUCUCAUGUCUGGGGGUAUCUGCCCAGUGAACCGUAACUCCAUCGACUACCUCCUCUCUCAGAAUGGAACUGGCAACGCAGUGGUCAUCGUUGGGGGAGCAGCAGAAUCUCUGGACUGUGCUCCAGGCAUGAAUUCUGUCACCCUGAAUAACCGCAAGGGAUUUGUGAGGCUGGCCCUCCAGCAAGGGUCUGACCUGGUGCCGGUCUACUCCUUUGGGGAGAACAAUGUGUACAAGCAGGUGAUCUUUGAGGAGGGAACCUGGUGUCGGCUAGCUCAGAAGCGGCUGCAGAAGAUUCUGGGCUUUGCUCCCUGUCUGUUCCAUGGCUGUGGCCUCUUCUCUGACUCCUGGGGAAUGGUGCCUUAUGAUAAACCCAUCACCACCAUCGUGGGUGAACCGAUCACGGUACCAAAGGUUGAGGAGCCUACUCGGGAUAUGGUGGAACUGUACCAUGCCAUGUACAUCAAGUCCCUCAGGAGCCUCUUUGACAAGUAUAAGACCCGCUUCGGAUUGAAAGAGAGCGACAUCCUGCACAUCCAAUGAGAAAAGAGUGAGCGGGACCCCCUCGGAACCUCAGAACUGUGGCAGCUGUUUGUUCAGCCUCGACACCCCAUUCACGUGCAUGGAUCUGAUUGAUUGUCUCUGGAAUUCAAUCGAUAUACAUAAAGUUGUGGGUGUGUGUAUAAACCCACCCGUGCUCUCAUCCUCGUCCAGUAUACAAGGCUCACGUCCCUACUCCACUCGGGGUGAAAAUGGCAGGUUUUAAUGUUUUAGGUUGCUUUACUAUUCCGCCUGACCUAGUCCUUGCCAAUAGCAAAGUUGACUAUCUUAAAUGUCUCCGAAUGGAGUCUCUUCAGCGUAUGCCACAUUUAUAGAUAUGUUCCAUGACAGAAGAGAUGAGGGAGUAUAGUUUGAUAAGAUGCGAUCACUUGCUUUCAUGUGCAGUAGAACUCCCACUAGGUGGCACUAGAAGGCUAUAUACACACACACACACACACACACA